AUGGAUGAACCUAAUAUAAAUGAACUCAAUAUGAAUGAGCCAGAUAUAAAUGAGCCAAAUAUAAAUGAACCUGAUAUAAAUGAACCCAAUUUAAAUGAAACCAAUUUAAAUAAACCUGAUACAAAUGAAAAUAAUACAUUACAAUCUUCAAACCAUUAUAAAGCUUUAAUUAAACAUGACAAAAAUGAAGUAUUACUCCCUGAAAAAAUAGCUGAAGAAAUUUUUAAUAAAAUUUCUCUAGUUGGAUCUGACGAAUAUUUUGAAAAUAAUUCAGAUGGAAUUAAUUUUAAAUCAACUAUUGUAUUGGAUGAUUUUAAAGAUGAGAAAAAUACCCCUCAAGAGAUAUCAAAAAAAAUUGCGAACUUGAUAGGUGAUAGUGAUGGCUAUUAUUACAUUUAUUUUAAUUACUAUGAUUCAAAAAAAAUGAUGAAUCGUGAAUCAAUUGAAUGCUUUGAUUAUAAUGGAACACUUAGAAUUUCCAUAAAUAUGAUAACCAAUAAUGCAUAUGUUUACCUUAAAUAUGAAAUUCUUCACCAAUGA